GAAAGGCAAGAAGAUAAUGUGGGGGGUGGGUGGGCCACCAUAUGUUUGACUUUACCUCUUAUUUUGUCUGUCCUAACCACUGGCUCAUAAAAUCAAAAAGAAACAUCCACAAGACUGCUCGCAGUUGGCAAAGAUGGAGGCGGUUCACAACCUCUUACUUGCAGUUGGUUUCUUGGCAUCCAUCUUCUUCUGGGGAGUUUUGGAUUGGGUUUGGUUGAAACCCAAGAGAUUGGAGAGGAUCCUUAAACAGCAAGGCCUGAAGGGCAACCCUUACAGAGUCCUCUCAGGGGACAUGAAAGAUCUUGCCACCAUGAUAAGUGAUGCCACUUCUAAACCCAUGGAUCUCUCUGAUCAUUACAUAGCCCCAAGAAUCAUUCCCAUUUAUGUUCAUCUAAUCAACAAAUAUGGUAAGAAUUGCUAUGUGUGGAUGGGUCCAAGGCCUAUGGUGUUCAUCACAGAUCCUGAUUUGAUCAAGGAGGUUCUCAAUAAACAUCAUCUGUUUCAGAAGCCUCAAAGCAACCCACUGGGAAAGAAGUUGGUCCAAGGACUAGCCAGCCAUGAGAAAGAUCAAUGGGCAAAACACAGAAGGUUGAUCAAUCCUGCCUUCCAUACAGAGAAGCUCAAGCUAAUGCAACCAGCUUUCUUGCUAAGUUGUGGUGAAAUGGUAAAAAAAUGGGAAAGGAUUGUCUCGCAAAGACAGUCUUGCGAGCUUGACGUGUGGCCACACCUUCAAGACUUGACCUCCGACGUGAUCUCUCGGACAGCAUUUGGGAGCAGCUACGAAGAAGGAAAGAUGAUUUUUGAGCUCCAAAAAGAGCAAACCGUGCACUUUAUGAAAGUUGUGCGCCAAGUUUAUGUGCCCGGGUGGAGAUUUUUGCCAACUAAGACGAACAAAAGAAUGAAUUCCAUUGAGCAGGAAGUGAAAUCAUUGGUCCGGGAUAUUAUAGACAAGAGAAUGAAGGCAAUGAAGGACGGGAAUGCUAACAACGAAGAUUUGUUAGGCAUAUUAUUGGAAUCCAACAUGGAAGAAAUCAGAAAGCAGGGGAAAAAAGAGUUUGGGAUGAGCAUUGAAGAUGUCAUCGAGGAGUGCAAACUGUUCUAUUUUGCAGGACAGGAGACGACUUCUGUGUUGCUCGUCUGGACUAUGAUCCUUCUAAGCAGAUUUCCAGAUUGGCAAGAACGAGCUAGACAAGAGGUGCUGCAUGUUUUUGGCCGGGAUGAGGAGCCCGAUUUUGAAAGACUAAAUAACCUUAAAGUUGUGACAAUGAUUUUGUACGAGUCUCUAAGGCUAUACCCACCAGUAGCUGGUCUGGUAAGGAGGACGGUGGAGAAGACAAAACUAGGAGAUAUAGUUUUUCCUAAAGGGGUAAUGUUGUCACUACCAAUACUUUUGGUACAUCUUGAGAGUGAGAUAUGGGGUGAAGAUGCACAAAAGUUCAAGCCAGAAAGGUUCAGUGAAGGGAUAAUGGCCGCAACAAAAGGUAAAAAUGCCUUCUUUCCAUUCAGUGGGGGGCCUCGAAUAUGCAUUGGCCAAAACUUUGCUUUAGUGGAAGCUAAAAUGGCCAUGGCAAUGAUCCUACAACGCUUCUCGUUUCAUCUAUCUCCCUCUUACGCUCACGCUCCCAUUUCAAUAGUGACAACUCGACCUCAACAUGGCGCCCCCCUCAUCAUGAAAAAGCUCUAAUAUGUCACGUUUUUCUUCCACUGUGUAUGACUUCACGGUGUCAAGGACCUUUAAACACGGUUUCGCUAUGCAAAAUUGAUAAUAUCUAUACAUAAUUCUCUCGUACUGCUUCUCAAACUAAUAAUAAAGUGACAAUCUUGUAUUCUUGUUGUUUUACCACGCAUAAAUUGACAAUUAGAUA